CUGUUAUGAUUACAAAAAUGUCUAAAGACAGGGCAAGUGUGAUUAUCCAAAACACAGAGGUGAAUUUAGUAUAAACAAAUGAAAACAAAACAAAAGGUAGCAAACGUCAUCGUUUCUGUUUCUGUAUAUGAUUCAUGUUCCUGCUCCUUGUAAACAAAACCUCUGCAACUAACUGCGUACAGCCUUUUUGGAUUCCUUUGGUCUUAUUAUUCUCCGUUUUCGGUUGCUUUGCGCGGCGUCCCGCCAAAAUCAGCAACGUGUAAAACAGAAGAAAGAAAACACAAUAUACACUCGAAAUGAGAGUGAAAAAAAAUCAUCUCUCACAUGUAAUCAUAACCAUUUCUUGAUUCCCGAGUCCAAUCGGCGCCGUUUACGUCAAAGUAGUAGUACAUUCUCUAUCUUUAGCUUCUUUUUAAAAAAAAAAAAAAUUAUCCACGCUUCUUUUCUUCAGUAUCAUAGUGAUGAGUGAUCUUGAAGUUUGUCCGGCGACAGGUACCAGCGGCAUCGUUUUGAUGGAAAAUCGUCUUUGCACUACAGCGUCGUCUUUUCAGUCAUUCCCUGCUGUUUUAAACUCAAUUUCGGAACAAAAUUGGGAAAUUGCAGAACGAAGAACGGAUGAAAUUCUUUGUUUAAUUCGACCGACUCUGGUUUCAGACAACCACAGAAGAGAAGUCAUCAAUUACGUUCAUGAUUUGAUAUCUACGUCUCUCGGUUGUGAGGUUUUCCCGUACGGUUCGGUACCGUUGAAGACGUAUUUACCAGACGGAGAUAUUGAUUUGACGGCUAUUAGCAGCCCUAAUGCUGAGGAGACUUUGGUGGCUGAUGUUCAUGCGGUCCUUAAAGCGGAAGAACUUAACAUGUGUUCUCAGUUUGAAGUGAAGGAUGUUCAUUGCAUUGAUGCUGAGGUUAAGCUUGUGAAAUGCCUUGUGCAAAAUAUUGUUGUAGACAUAUCCUUCAAUCAGUUGGGAGGACUUUGUGCACUAUGUUUCCUUGAACAGGUUGAUGGACUUGUUGGCAAAAAUCAUCUCCUUAAGCGUAGCAUUAUUCUGAUCAAAGCUUGGUGUUAUUAUGAAAGCCGAAUUCUUGGUGCUCAUCAUGGUUUAAUUUCAACUUAUGCUUUAGAAACGUUGGUCCUGUCUAUCUUCCAUCUAUUUCACUCUUCUUUAGAUGGCCCUUUGGCAGUACUCUAUCGAUUUUUGGAUUACUUCAGCAAAUUUGAUUGGGAGAAUCACUGUGUCAGUUUAAAUGGGCCAGUUUGCAAAUCUUCCCUUGAUGUAGCAGCAUCCAAAGUACCAGAAAGAGGGGUGGACAAUUUAUUGCUAAGUGAAGAAUUUCUGCAAGAAUGUGCUGACAAGUUCUCUGUUCCAUCAAGGGGGCCUGAGACAAAUUCUAGGGCAUUUCCUCAAAAGCAUCUUAAUAUAAUAGAUGCAUUAAAAGAAAACAACAAUCUUGGGCGGAGUGUCAAUAGAGGUAAUUUCUAUAGAAUUUGCAGUGCUUUUAAAUAUGGAGCUCAUAAGCUGGGCCAAAUUCUGUUGUUGCCACAAGAAAGAUUAGUGAAUGAACUCAACAAGUUCUUUGCAAACACUUUGGAGAGACAUAGAAAUCAAUAUUGGGCUGAUGGUCAAGAUUUUUUUAGCAAUGAUGACAAUUUAUCUUCAACUCAAUGUUCUGAAACAUGCAUUGAAAAUAUGUUUUUGACAUCAUUGACUCCUGGUUACAGCAAUAAGAUUACAAGAUCCAGAAAUGAUUCAAGAAGAGAUUUGUUGAAAGUGGUUCCCUCUGCUUAUAAAAAAAAAGUGGAUUCCUCUAAGGUUGUACCAGAACUGAAUUGUACUUCAGAUAGAAACACUGUUUCAGGGAGGCAUCUAGCUGAGGCAGCUGGAGGUGGGCCAAUUGGAAUUUUGUACUCCAAAAAUAGAAAUGAUUUAUCAAGUUCUUUGCCUUUGAAUAGUGGCAUUGGCGUUUCACUUUUGGGGAAAUCCCAAAUUGACAAUGGGAGUCUUCCUGGAAGAAUAUUGUCAAAAUCUUUUCAAAUUGAUGAUAUGAGUUUUGCUCUAUGUUCAGAAUCCAAAGAGAACACUUUAUUGACAGGCAGUUCAUUCUGCUUGUAUGGCAAUCAUGAGAGUAUAGUCCCAAAAUAUUUGUCACUUUCGACCCCUGUUUCUAAUGUCUCAGCUAAUUCAUCUUCUCCCCUUAGAGAGAAAAAAUUGAAAAGUAUUUUAGGGAGCUCCGAAAGUUCAAAUUGCUUAUUAGAUCUCAGUGGCAACUAUGAGAGCCACUUAAGUAGCUUGCUAUAUGGCAAAUGUUACUAUUUGUCUGCAGCUGUGUUGCUCUGUCCUGGCAAUUCACAUCAGGUACAGCAUAUGAAUCUCCAGGAAACUAUAUGGCAAUCUCUACCAUUGGAGCCUGAGGUUUAUUCCAAAAUGAGCAGAAAUGGUCGUUUGGGACAUCAAAAUCACCCUUCUAUGCCAUCAAACUUUGUUUUCAGUUCAGGUGAAAAGAAAAAGUCAGGAGGAAUAGGCACUUACUUUCCUAAUAUGAAUUAUCUUUCAAAUAGGGAUAGGCUGUUCUCACGGAGGGAAAGGUUUCAGGCUCGUGGGAGUCAUGGUCGGUUGCAAAGAUACAGAAAUGGCUUGGUAUCAGAUCCUAUGAACAUGAAUUUGGGUGGAGAAUCUCAAGAAGAGUUCCCAGUUCUGGGCAAUGUGAAGGCCAAACUCUCAGAUUCUUACCAGCCUCACCCAUCUGCUUGGGGUGCUUCUAAUGCCAACAAUUUCUCCCACCCAUUAGAGAGACCUGAAUCUGGGUCACAUGGCCGUCAGCUUAAUGUGACCCCACCCAAAGUGAGGAUGCAACCAGAUUCAGACACUUCUCACUGCGACUCUCCUUCAACCCUUGUGGUUCCUAAAUCACAAGGGCCUAACUUGUCCAUCAAAAGUAGUCAGGACAGGGAUAGAGAGCAAUCAUAUCAUCUGAAAAAUGAAGUUGAUUUUCCUCCUCUUCCCCUCCGAAGAAUGGUGAAAAUAUAGAACAGACUCAUCAUAACCCUAGCUGCUAACAACUAGCUCAAGCUUUUAGGCUGUUCUUUUCUUUUCUUUUUGGUAUAUAGUUCUGGUUUUGGAUUUUAGACUCAAUCAGGCAUUCAUUGAGUUGAUGUACAUGGUAGCUGAUGAUUGCCGGGAUUGUUGUAAACAUAUGAAAUACUUCAAAAUGUGGUUUGAGAUUGUUGGGUCUCAGAAGGUAAAAUCAGCUUCUCUCAAAA